UUCCAUUCCUGCACAAGCCGACAACACACAUUUUCCUAACCCCAAAGACAUAUCCACAUCACCGAACAACAUGGGGCACGACCACUCUAAGCCCGUCAAGGCCGUCGUCGGCGUCCUCGCCCUCGCCUCCGCCGCCUCGGCGUUCGUGGCACCUGGCGCCGCCGGCCGCGGGCUCACGCAGCAGCAGCCCACCAGGACUUCGGCGACCGUGGUGUUCGGACAGGGCAAGUACGACGGCAAGCUGUGGGAUGACGCCGCCAAGGACGACGUCAAGUCGAUGUACAACCCCAACGAGCCCUGGAGCGACAACAACUUCGACCCCUUCGUGAAGGACGCCGCGGGCAACAAGUGCGACUCGUCCGGCUACUACCCGGGAGAGACCAUGUACAAGGACCCCAUCAGGCCCGCAGUGAGCUACGCGGACUACUUGGCCGCCAAGGCCAAGAAGGAGGCCGAGGGAGGAAACUAACCAGGGGACAGGAGAUAACCCCCGCCCCCCCUAACACGCUGGACAACACCGCGUCCCCUGUGAAGACGUUUGGAAGCACGUUCUUAGCUGAGACGUGCGCUUUCUGCGGGCAAAGGUUUACGUCCCAAGUGGCUUGUAGAUGAUUUGGCUCGGGGGGGGGGUGAUAGGGAACAAUAGAAGAUUUUGUGGAAUUUCUAGACUAUGUAGAAAACGUGACUUCUGUUUGUAAGCAUGUGACAUUUGGGGGGUAAGAUCCCCCUUGUGCCGCAUGAUUUUUAGGGCCUCUGUGGGAGAAAUCGAAAUUGGGCGUAUUUGGUGGCGUGCGUUCCAGCUUGUGCGUCGACGUGUACUCUUGCAGAGCGAGAUCGAUUCUUAGCAGCAGUUGACUUUUUUUCGUGUAGAGUUUUUGGACGAUAUUAUGUUGGCUGGCGAACAUGUUAGUUGCCCAUCGGGCCCGACUUCUCGUUCUUCGCCGAAGAAUUGAGCACUUUCAGAGUUUUUAUGCGCACAUUGGUGUGGGUGACAGCUUGAGUGACCACACAGAUUUUUCGUUCUUCUGUGCCUUGGAAGAGAAACGAAAAGGGAGAGUGCUGGCAUACGGCCAGGGCAUUUUAACCCGAAGAACACAUCAAAACAGAAGGCCGAAAAGGAGGAUCGGGAAGACCAUUACCAGGGGGCAGGAACUUAACAACCC